AUGGACGACAAACUCACAGUUGGGACUGCAAGCAGCACUUCGGAGCCUACACCCCCUUCCGUUGCCUCUGCCGGCAACAUUGAAGCCCAGAAUGGCGACGUACGUCGUGGAGGCCGGGUUCUCGCCAUCAACCCUAACUGCUGGUCUUGCUUCUCCUUCUUCGGCCUGGCUUUGCUGGUUGGGCUGGUCGGCGCGGCCACCCUGGUGGACAUCGUGUGGGGCUUCAUCGACCACGACGAAUGCUUGAGCAACACAAUCUUCGGCCUGGACAACGGCAUCGUCUACACCGUCUCCUCGUGUGUCCUUCUGGCGUGCGACCUGGUCCUGUGGCUCGUCAUCCCUAACUGGGACGCGCUGAAGAGCAUCGCCAAGACCCUCGUGUGCACACUACCUGCUUACCUGCUGGCGGCGAACUACGUCUUCUACGGGUACCAGCUGUUCUCCAACUUCCCCGAACACCCGGCCGCUCGAGCCAUGUGGAUCUUCGCCUACCUUGCGUCCCUUGCUGCGAACCUAGCGGCGCUCGUCUUCUGCAUCGCCUUCAACUUCGUCAUGAAGGUAGAGAUCUCCGACAUCCAUCGACUCUUUUUUGUGGGCGCCAUCGCCGUGCAGAUGGCCGGCAAGGUUUUCCUGUGCGCUGUCCUCGAGGUGAACCUGAUACAUUGCCUCAAUGUGACUACGACCAACCUGGGGCUGCGUCUGGCUGCGCAGAUGUCCAUUCUGUGCUAUCUGUUCUUCGCGAUCCUGCUCGGCGUCAACAUCUGCCGGCACAUCAUCUCGAGCGACGAAGACUUGGACUACUUCUCUCCAACACAUCGAAAGGCAGACCAAAAGGCCGUGUGGAUCAAGAUCCAGGACAAAAAGCCCUUCUUUUGUUGA